UGUUAUACUGUCAAAAAUUCUUUGAUAUAAGAUAAAAUUGUUGGUUACCGGCAAAAUGGUUAAUAAAUUGUUUUACAACACAGUUUUAAGUCAAUGUUUUUCGAAUUGUGGAAAAUAUCUAAUUACUGGUAAUUUAUAUGGUGAUAUAUCAAUUUUUGAUCUAGAUAAUGUAUUAAAUCCUACAGAUGCUAUUACAUCAGAAAUACAGAAGCCAGUCUGUAAUUUUUCAGCAAGUGCUAACUUUCCUGUUUGGAGCCUGGUUAUGACAAACACCUUUCUAGUCGCAGGCUCUGUGAAUGAAAUAUUUGGGUGGAAUUUCAAAUCCCUCUUGUCUUCUAAUGUUACAAAACCAGCUUGGACGAUAAAAACUUCAUCGAAUAGGAAUAAUGUGAGUACUGAUGUUAAUACAAUAUGGUAUGAUUCAAUUAAUGAAAGAAUUCUUGCUGGGUGUAGCGAUGGCAUCAUGUACUUGUACACACUAGAAGAUGGCUCAUUAGUUCGAAAAUUUGAAGGACACAAAGAUUAUUUACAUUGGAUUGAAGGAGACUCAUCCCAGAUUGCAUCAGCAAGUGAAGAUGGUACGGUUAAAAUGUGGGACUUGAAUCAACAAAGUUUCACAAAUGAAUUGGCACCAUAUAAAGAAGAAAAACUUCAGAGACCUAAAAUUGGCAAGUGGGUUGGUUGUGUUACUAUAAAUCAAGAUUGGCUGGUGUGUGGCGGCGGACCAAAACUCUCCCUCUGGCAUUUAAGAUCUUUAGAAAUGUCAACUGUAUACGAUUUACCUAAUUGUGGAAUACAUGUAACGAGUUUUGUUGAUGACCACAUAUUAGCCGCUGGUGGUUCUGGACAUGUAUACCAAAUGACAUAUGAUGGAACUCUUCUGAGUGAUAUUGCAACAACACCAACAGCUGUAUACAGUGUGGUACACAGAAAUAUUCCAAAGAAAGUUAUGUCGAUUGCAGGAUCUAGUAAUAUCUUAGACAUAUCUACCAGUUUCAGCUAUAAAGAUCAAGUGAUAGCUUUCAAAUAAAAGAAAACUGUGCCUAAUGUAAAUACUCUUUAAAUAUUAAAGUACCUUCAUUUUAUACUUAGUAGUAGAUAAUAUUUUACCAUGAUUGAUAAUUAUUAUGAAUGAUUUCUAAUUUAUAUAAAUUAUUUUUUAUCAUAGAAGGAAGGCAUUUAGUAUAAUAUUUAUUGGCUGAAAAGAUUGUGAAAU